UUUCAUAUGAAAAAAUAACUAUAUCUCAAAAGAAAAAAGAAGAAGAGAUAGCUAAAAAACAUGAAUAAAAAAUAAAUAAAAAUCAAUCAGGGUUGUAAUAAGUACUGAUUCUUGAGUUGAUUGAAAUGAUUAGAUUCCGUUUCGAGCUUCGUGAACUAGAUCGGCAACUUAAAACAUGCACCCAUCAAACUCAAUCAAAGAAACACAUCUCUCCGAAACAAAAAAAACAAAAAAAGAAGAAACACAUCUCUCAAUCAAGCUUUUGAGUUAAUUCAGCCAUGGCUUCUCUUCAUGACCCUCCAACAUUUUCAGCUUCCAUACCCCACUUCUUCAAGAUCAUUCUAGAGGACAGUUCUAAAAUCAGAAUUAAAAUUCCAAUGAGGUUUUUGAUGAAAUAUGGAGAGAAUUUAUCAAGUCCAGUACAUCUUAAGCUUCCAAAUGGUGCGGAAAUGGAAAUAGAGCUCAGAAGAUGCAACAAUGGUGGGGUUUGGUUUGACAAGGGUUGGCCAGAGUUCUCAAAGUUUUGCUCUCUUGACUAUGGUAGUUGGCUAGUCUUUGGAUAUGAAGGGAACUCCAACUUCCAUGUGUUGAUAUUUGAUAGAACUGCUACAGAAAUUGAAUAUCCUAAGCCCGAGAUGGAAGAAACUGAUUCUGAAGAAGAAGAAGAAGAACAAGAUGAUGCUGAUGAUGGAUCUGUUGAAAUCUUGGAUGUUUCUGAAGAAGAAGAACAACAAGAUGAUGCUGAUGAUGGAUCUGUUGAAAUCUUGGAUGUUUCUGAAGAAGAAGAACAACAAGAUGAUGCUGAUGAUGAAUCUGUUGAAAACUUGGAUGUUUUUCCACCCUGCCCAAGAAAAGCACGGGAGAAAUCUCCAUUGCCAUGUCCUCAACCGCACAAAAAAAUGAGAACACGUUCGAGUGGAAUGAUGCUUGAAGAGUCACUGAGUAACAAGGCCUCAUAUUGCUCCAAAUCAGAAAUGAAAAGGGAAAAAUCUCCAUUAGUACCAUCAGAGGUCAAAGAUGGUGUUGGGAGGAUGCAUAUAUCAACUACAAGUGGAAAAGCUAUAGCUCUUCAGAGAGCUAUUGCUUUCAAAUCUGUAAACCCUUCUUUCAGGGUUGUCAUGCAACCCUGGUAUGUCAAACAAAGUUUUUUGCCUAUGCCAUCCGGGUUUGCCAAGAGACAUCUUAUUGAGCACCCUGCUGGUAAUGUCUUCCUUCGGGUUUCAGAUGGACGAACUUGGUCUGUUAAAUUCAAAUAUGAAAAAUCAGUAGCUCGAUUCCAGUAUGGUUGGUUGGGAUUUGUAAGGGACAACAAUUUGGAAGCGGAUGAUGUGUGUGUCUUUAGCUUGAUCGAGGAUGUGAAACUUUCAUUUGAUGUUGUCUUUUUCCGGACUACAGAAGAAGCUGCAAAUUGCCUCUUGUCUCCAGGGAGACAUGAUUUUCCAACUAAAAAAGAUGGUGGAGGCACAUCUAGCAAUCGAACUGGAAAAGCUACAGCUCUUGACAGAGCGAAUGCUUUCAGAUCGCAAAACCCUUCUUUUAUUGUUUCGAUUAGGCCCAGUUACAUCAAUCAUUGGAGUAUGUGGUUGCCAUCCAAGUUUUACAAGCUAUCUCCUAGUAUUAAGCAUUCCUGUGAAGUCAUCCUUCAAGUUUCGAAUGGGAGAACUUGGUCUGUUGGUUUGAGCAAAGGAAGGCCCAGAUUCAGGCGUGGUUGGAUGGACGUUGUGCGUGACAAUCAUUUGGAAGUUGGUGAUCUGUGUCUUUUUGUGUUGAUUUCCAGCAAAAGUACACCUUUAUUUGAUCUUGUCAUUUUCCGCUCUGGAGAAGGUGCAAAGUGCACCAAUGAUGGGGAGCAAAUAGUACCUACGAAGGAAGAAACUGAUAAUGAAGAUGGGGAUUCGAGUGAUGAUUCUAGUAACGAUUCGAGUGAUGAUUCUGUUGAAAUCAUGGACAAGUUUCCACCCCCAAGAAAAACAAGGGUGGUGAAAAGAUCUUGAAAAUCUGGUGAAAUGUCCUUAUCAAUUGAUCUUUAAGUCAGUUAACCAAUUGGACAAAUCAGAUUCCUUCCUGUAAUUGCAAGAUGUAUCAGUCCUUUUGUGGUUUUUUUAGUUUCUCCUUUCUUUCCGUACAGAAUGUGCUCGUGAGAUUAUCAGCCCUAUCAAACUAACAAGAUCCCUUUGUAUUCUGAAGCCAAUUCACACUUUGUAUCAUGCCCUCAUUUAAUGAUAGAUGAUUAUGUGUCCCCAAGGCAGAUGAAUUUCUUAAUCUGUUGGCUAAACUUAAUAUUCAAAUUUUACGUUCA